AUGUAUCCUAUCAUUCCAUAUAUCGCUCUUUUCUUCUUUGUCUUUCAGGUAUAUGGAUCCAAUUCAGCAGCAGACGGCUCCAACCCAGUUCCUAGGGCUAGUCCCGAUCUAGGUAGCAUAUUGGAAGAUAUUUUCGAUAGUCUCAUCCCAGAAGGUACAACAAAUAGCACAUCGGAAAAUGUUGGGAAUGUCAUCGAUGGCAUCAUAGGUUUAUUCUCACCAACUAUUGUCAAGGAUGUCGUUUCAUCAGUUACUCACAUGGCGGACCUUUUCGACAACCAAACAUCGGUGCAGACAAAAUCACUUAUUCAAAUAGGAACUGACGAACUCACGAAUGAGACAAUCAAUGAGGUGACCAGCUUAUUGGAUAAUGCAAACGUCCUUCUAACCGCGGACAACGUGGAAUCAAUCAACAACCUACUUGAGGAAGCAUCCCCUCUUCUUACAGAAAAUUUCCUCAAUGAGAUAAACAACCUCCUCAACAAUACCAGCACCCUCCUGACGUCUUCCUUUGUCAAUGAAACGAAAUCACUCAUCACCGAGGUCGAUCCGCUGCUGUCCGAUUUAUCCUCCAACUCUUCUGCUAUAUAUAUCCCUGAGUUACUCACCUCUGUCAACCAGUACAUCACACCGCAUGCCGCCGACCUUGGUAGCUUACUCACCAAUGUCAAUGACCUCCUUACCGCAGACUUGGCCAAAGAAAUCGCGAGUCUUGUACAAGAGGCUAACGGGUUCAUCUCAUCUCACGUCGAUGCCAUUCAGCCUCUCCUUAACACCGCCAUCGACCUACUUACCACCGACGUUGUCAACAAUAUUAGAUCAAUAGUAAACUCCACCGCGCCAGUCCUUACGACGGAGCUUGUUGACAAGCUUAAAACCACAUUAGACAGUGCUGGUGAUCUUCUUACAGCCGGUUUGACCAACGAAAUCAACAAUAUCCUUGACAACAUUACACCCUUCUUUACAGCAAGCACCGUUCAGAAGAUCAACGACCUUCUCAGCAAUGGCGACAAUCUCUUGACAGCUCAGAUGGUGAACAAUACGGAGGCACUCAUCUCCGCCGGUAGCCAAUUCCUCUCUGACCAGACGGUGCUUAACAAAGCCGAAGCAUUGAUUCCCAUCGCCCUCGAAUUCCUUAGUAACGAAACGAUUAACGAAAUCUCAGCAUUGAUCCAGAAUGGAGACGGUCUCCUGACCUCAGACUCGGCUAUACGAACAGGCGACUUGGUUGAUAAUAUCUCCAACUUCCUUACCCAACAGACCCUCGAUGAGGUUGAGAGUCUAUUGGACGUUGCACGGACUCUUCUCACAGCUGAGCUUUCCAAUAUAACAGGUACUUUGAUCGGCACGAUAGCGCCAGUAAUAACACCCGAAAUGCUUCAACAAGUAGCGACUCUCCUUAGCAAUGCAGGUCAACUCCUUACCACCGAUGGCACGGAUCCCAUACUGCAGUUGAUCCAUAGUGUCGCCCCAGUGAUUGACCCCACAGUCCUUGGGCAAGUUAAGAACCUUGCGGAACAUGGACACACUCUCCUAUACCCUAAUCGUACCCACACGAUGACAGUUUUAAUUGAUGGUGUUAGUGAGCUCUUCCCCAAAGUAAUCCAGUUGUUCGAUGACUUGAAGCCUUUGAAUUUGACGGGUAUAUUAUCAGAGCUGACUUCGGGUUGA